AAUACAAAUACGUCAUGUCAGAGUAUUAUAAAAUAGAAAUCCCUAUAGCAUGGUCUGAGAGAAGUCGUAACGAAAUAAAAAGAGUCUGGGCAAGAAGAAAAUGUCUUCGAGACCAUACAAAACCCAAAAACCUUAGUGACGCAUAUUUAUUCGAUAGUUUUAUACGUUACGAUUUACCCGGAAGAGAAUGGACUGCCAAAACACAAUGUGAAGUAUAUUUGCGCGACAAAAAUGCGAACGUGGUCACGUUAUAUGAUAUAUGUGAAACUUUACAAUGUGAAGUCCCUUACACAAAUACGUAUUAUUUCACGGGACCCGCGCUGGCUGGAACUCAUUGCGCACUCGGCAUGGAAUGUCGUGAUCGAAAAUGCGUACCCGUUAUCGAACCGCCAUACAUUUUAAAGUAUUGUGAAGACGAUAACUGGAGUGAAUGGAAGGAAGACUCCUGUACAAAGAACUGUUGUUUGAAAGGAUCCAAAGGCGUACGAGACAAACGACGUUUUUGCAAACAUCAGAAUGACACAACAGCGAAUUGCAUUGGACCAUAUUACGACGUGGUUUUGUGCGAUGCUUCUUCACUAUGUAGUGGAAAACGCAAGACGGUUGCCGAAUUUGCUGCCAUCAAAUGCGACGAAUUCAGCCGUAUCAUGUUUGAACUGGAAUUGAAACCGGGGUGGCAGGCUCCUCAUGAAGUGGAUAAACCGUGGAUAGCCUGUACAAUUCAUUGUGCACAAAAGAACUUUUCUUCUUAUUUCGCGCUUCGCAAAGAAUUGCUCAACUUUGGUAUUGAUCCAUAUUUUCCCGAUGGAACGUGGUGUCACAAAGAAGGUGACCAAAAUUAUUAUUGCCGCUUUCAUCACUGUCUGCCUGAAAAUUACUCAUUGGAAAAAAAUUGGGGAAGACAUUAUCUACGUGUGUAAAUGAAUAUCCAGAAAAACAAGAACUGCAAAACGCGCUUAAG